AAUAAAUACUAUUGCAUUCUAACAUUUCUAUGUGGUAAAACAAAGCAAAACAAACAUUUAAUUUAAUGUGGCUGCAUACGUAAAUGCCGCAUAAAAACUACGUAGGAAUAGCUGUGUCACGUGAAACAAAAUCUCGUCGUUGUUACCUGGCAACGACAUUAGCAUUGGCGAACUCCCUUACAAACUGAGAGGGGCAAUUUUGCUAAAACUUCAAACCAUGGAUUAAGCAUUCAGAAGCUUUCGGAGUUUGGUUUCUUUUCGAGACAUAACGUAUUUUAGUUCCAGCAGAAAGAUGCCACAUGGUUCAGAUGAUGUCCGCAAGAAGUUUAUUCUGACCACAACUGGAAACUUCUAUGGAUUAAAGCCAUCAUCAUCAUCACUGACUGACAGCCCAGAGCUCAAUAACUUCUUAGAUGAUGGAAAUGAAUUUGUCUUAUCUGUCAGCAGACAUGACAAUGACCUUCGCUUAUCAAAUAAGAUUGAAGCUGUGGGGGAGACUAGAGAGAAUGUGCUGGUGUUCUUCAAGCUGCGUCCCACAGUGAUCACAGAAGAUAACCUUCAUCACAGCCUUCUGGUUUCAUCCAUGCUGGAGUCUCCCAUUAACACCCUCUAUCAGGCUGUCAGACAGGUUUUCGCACCUGUACUGCUAAAGGAUGAGCGUUGGCGUUCUGCAUUUGACCCUAAACUGGCUGACCUCCUGAGUGAGCUGGAGCUGGGUCUGGGUUCAGUAGUUCGCCAGUCUGGAACACAACCUUCUGCCAAGAAGGGUCACACAGAGGAAGAUGUCUUGGGCAUCCUGACUCCCAGCGAUGAGUUCCAGUACUGGGCAGAUCUCUCAGAGUCUGCAGAGAAGAGCAGUUUGAGAGAAAGAUCUCAACAUUUCACUGAGCACUUCAAACCAAUACAAAAGGAAUACGAUGGUCUCGAUAGCCUGUCUAUGUCUGAUGUUAUGGAUCUGGUGGAACAGAGCAGGGACGCUCUGGAUGACAUUUGGAGACAGACUGAUUACGACCCUUACCCAGAGACACGCAUGGUCCGCCUCAUGGAUGUCAUCGGCGGGGCCCUGGGGAGAUUUGUCCAGAGGAAGCUGAGUGGUCUUAAAAUCUUUGAGGAACCAUUUGUAUUAGUGAGAGAGAACCUGAGAACGGGUUUUGCCAUCUGUGAACAGUGGGUUGUAGCCUGUGAGCAUUUAACUGGACAGGUGUGGAAGAGACAUGCCCCCCACCCCUGGAAGGGAAACAAACACUCCCCGGAAACCCUGCAGUGCCUCGCAAACAGAUUGAAUGAAGUUGUGACUCUACGUGUGGUUCAUGAGAAGCUGCUGUGUUUGCUACCAGGAGCGAAGCAACAGGCUCUGACUGUAGAGCGUGUUUUCGAACCAUUCUCUGGGCUCAACCCUCUGCAUUACAACCCUUAUACAGAGCCUCUUUGGAGAGCAGCAGUGGCUCAGUUUGAGCGUCUAAUGGCUCCAUCAGAGCAGGAGGUUGCUGGCAGACUGAAGAGCUAUAUAGCUGAUGUACAGGACAACCCACAACAGCUAUUACAGGUAUUUCUGAAACAUAAGGAGCUUAUAAGACGUCCCACCAUCCGCAAAGAACUGCAGUCAGAGAGAGAGACCCUACUGGCGAGAUUACUAGACGACAACAAGGGUCUGAAAACUGACUUUGAGACACGCUGCCAUGGAAGUCCUGGUGACAAGUCUGGCCCCCUUAUUGGCCGAAACCUCCCUGAGGUGGUCAACAAAAUAGUUUGGGUGCGGCAGCUCCUACACAAGGUGGAAGACUCUGUCCGCCUAGCUGAGGCUCUGCUUUCAGAUCUCUCUGGGUUCAAAGGGUUCCUGCAUUUCUGUGAUGACCUGCUGGAGAUUCUGAGGGCCUAUGAACAAGAGCAGUUUGAGGACUGGUCAAGAGAUAUACUUUCUGAGCUGACUGACCCAAAGUCAGGGAUCAGUCUUCAGGCCAGUAACCGUGUGAUGGAGCUGGACCAUGAUGAUGGCAGACUCAAGAUUCAGUACUCAGACAGACUAGUCAGUCUGCUCAGGGAGGUCAGGCAGCUCUCUGCCCUGGGCUUUUCCAUCCCAGCCAAGAUACAACUGGCUGCUAAUACUGCAGAUAAAUUCUACAGACAAGCCAUUGUCCUAAAACAGGUUGCUCAUUUCUACAACACCAUUGACCAGCAGAUGAUUCCCUCUCAGAGACCUAUGAUGUUAAAUCUUGCCCUGGCCUUUGAGCAUGUCAUUAAGAAUCCUCGUUCUCAGUCAAAGAAAACAGGAAGUAAGCUGCAGAUCACCUGGGACAACCCCAAAGAGUUAGAAGUCUACAUUGGCAAGCUGCAGGCUGCUGCUGAAAAACUCUCCACCGAAAACAGGAAGUUACGAAAAUGGCACACUGACUUCAUUGAGAAGGUCGUGACACUGAUGAAUGUUGACCUACUGAGACAUCAGCAGCGAUGGAAGGAUGGUCUUCAGGAGCUUCGUGCUGGUUUUGCCACUCUGGAGGCUCAGGGUUUCAGGUCUGAUGACAUGCGGGCAUGGCGUCAGCACUGGAACCAUCAGCUGUACAAAGCUCUUGAACACCAGUAUCAGACUGGGCUGGAAGCACUGAACAAGAACUUGCCAGAAAUACACAUUGAUCUCACUUUCAAGCAGGGCCGCUUACAGUUCUCGCCACCAUUUGAGGAGGUGCGUGCACGCUAUUUUAGAGAAAUGAAGCGUUUCAUCUCGAUCCCAAACCAGUUCCGAGGGGUCAGCACCCAGGGGGAGGAGCUCAUCUUCAACAUCAUGAUUGACAGAAAUGCGUCUGGGUUCCUCACAAUUUUCAGCAAGGCUGAGGACCUCUUUAGUCGCCUGGAAGCUAUACAACACAAGUUCAAGGAGUGGGUGGUGUUGGGACAGACUGAUUUAGAGAAGUUGAUCGAGAAGCAUUUGAGUUCUGUGCAGGACUGGGAAAGAAAUUUCAAAGCCCUGAAAGCCAAGGGGAAAGAGUCAGAACGUUUACCCAGUCAGGAGAAAGUGGACUGUAUCACCGUCAACUGUGAGCCUGUAAAAGCCGCCAUAGAUGACCUGAUUCAGAGGCUGUUUGACAUGCUGCUCCUCUCACUUAGGAAAUCUAUACAAGGCCACACACAAGCAAUAGAAACUUUUGUGACAGAAUCAAUGGAGGCCUUGUCCACUCGACCAGAGAGUAUGGAGGAAAUUGGUGCGGCUAGUGCCAAAUAUAACCAGAUACUUGCCCGCAAACCUGAAAUUCUACCUCAGUUCCAAUUUGCUGAGGAGAAGAACCGCUUGCUACGUGCGGUGGCUGGAGCUGGGCUGGACUCUCUCUCUUCACUCAGGGCCAAGUGGGACAAGCUGGAGCUUGUCAUGGAGAGCCACCAGCUAAUGGUCAAAGACCAGGUGGAGGUGAUGCGAAGUUAUGCGGCCAGUCGUAUCGAUGUUUACAGGGCAGAUCUGGAGCGGUUUAAGGCACGCUGGGACCAGCUAAAACCUAAAGAUGAGAUGCUUGAGACUGGUGAUCAUGCUGCCCUGCUUGUAUGUCUUCAGACAAUCAGGGACAAACAGCAAGAGUUUGAGGAGCUAGAGCUUGUGCGCACUAAGCUGCUUGAAGACUGUGCCUAUUUCAAUCUGGAGACUCCGUCUUUCUCUGUGGCCGAAGAGACAAAAAGAGACAUGGAGGAAUGCAGCCAAAUGUGGGGUCUGUAUGAGGAGUGGCACCAAGGGUUCUCAGAGAAGGCCCAGGAAGACUGGAUAUCAUUCAGGAGUAAAACAUAUGUAUUUGAGGAGUUUUUGUUUACUUGGCAAGACAGACUAAGAAAACUAGAGCAACCCACUGUGAUGUCUGUUAAACUACAAGGGGAAGUCGACAAAUACAAGAACAUGAUUCCAGUGCUGAAGUAUGUACGUGGGGACCACCUGUCUCAGGACCACUGGUUGGACAUGUUCCGUUUACUAGGCCUCCCAAGAGGGAUGACUUUAGAGAGACUUACCUUUAGUGAUCUUCUUGCUGUGGCAAAUACCAUCAUAGAGAAAGCAAUGGAGCUCAAGGAUCUGAACAGUCGUGCUCAGGCGGAGGUGACGAUCAGAGAAGCUCUGAGGGAGCUGGAUUUGUGGGGAGCUGCAGCUACCUUCACCCUCACUGAGUACACAGACAGCAGUGGGCGCACUCUCACCCUCAUCAAGGACUGGAAGGAUAUUGUCAACCAGGUGGGAGAUAAUCGCUGUCUGCUGCAGUCGCUAAAAGAUUCCCCUUAUUACCGCAGCUUCCAGGACAAGGUCAGUCUGUGGGAAGUUCGUCUGUCCGACUUGGAUGAGUAUCUGCUCAGUCUGAAUGCCAUCCAGAGGCGCUGGGUUUAUUUGGAGCCCAUUUUUGGACGAGGAGCAUUACCCCGAGAGGAAGCUCGCUUCAAACGAGUUGAUGAAGACUUCAGGUCUAUAAUGUCAGACAUCCAGAGAGACAACAGAGUUGUUUCUCUGAGUUCGAGGGCUGGCAUCAGAAACUCCCUCGUCACCAUACUGGACCAACUACAGCGCUGCCAAAAGUCACUCAAUGAGUUCCUGGAGGAGAAACGGUCUGCCUUCCCACGGUUCUAUUUCAUUGGGGAUGAUGAUCUGUUAGAAAUUCUUGGGCAGGCAACCAACCCUAGUGUCAUCCAGUCACACCUAAAAAAACUCUUUGCAGGCAUCCACAGUGUUGUGUUUGAUGAGCAAUGCCAGCACAUUGUCGCCAUGUGUUCUUUGGAGGGAGAAAUUGUGCCACUCAGAAAUAUUGUACACAUUUCCAGCCUUGUGGAGGUGUGGUUAAGUGAGCUGUCUGUGGAAAUGAAGGAGACCCUAAAGCACUUGCUGUAUGAAUGUGUGUCGGCAGCAAAGAAAGGGGAAGUGGACCCCUCUCGUUAUCCAUCACAGAUCCUGUGUCUGGCUGAGCAAAUCCAAUUUACUGAAGAUGUGGAAAGAGCUAUAAAAGAACAAAAUUUGCAUCAGUUGGAGUUGGAGCUUAAUAGCAAAUUAGAAGUCUAUACCACAGUGGACACCAGCUCUGAUAACACAGAGUCUAGUGUCCUGCAAUUGAAGCUGAAGGCCUUGAUCCUGGAUAUUAUCCACAACAUCAGUGUGGUGAAGCAACUUAACCAGGCAGGAGUUACCACUACUGACGCCUGGGCCUGGAAGAAGCAGCUUCGGUUCUAUAUGGGGCCGGACCAAUGCUGCCACAUACAUAUGGUGGAUGCACAAUUCAGCUAUACCUAUGAAUACCAGGGGAAUGUGGCUAAGCUGGUGCACACUCCACUGACUGAUAAAUGCUACCUGACUCUGACCCAGGCAAUGAAGAUGGGGCUCGGGGGGAACCCUUAUGGGCCAGCCGGCACAGGCAAGACUGAGUCCGUCAAAGCCUUAGGAGGGCUGUUUGGACGUCAAGUGCUGGUGUUCAACUGUGACGAGGGUAUCGAUGUGAAGUCAAUGGGACGGAUCUUUGUGGGGUUGGUGAAGUGUGGAGCAUGGGGCUGCUUUGACGAGUUUAACCGUUUAGAGGAAGCAGUACUGUCUGCAGUUUCCAUGCAGAUUCAGGCCAUUCAAGACUCUCUCAAACACCAUAAGAACACAUGCGAUCUGCUAGGGAAGGAGGUGGAAUUGGACCCUAAUUCUGGAGUCUUUAUCACAUUAAAUCCAGCAGGAAAAGGCUAUGGAGGCAGACAGAAACUUCCAGACAACCUAAAGCAAUUGUUCAGGCCUGUGGCCAUGAGCAGGCCAGACAAUGAGCUCAUUGCUGAAGUCAUCCUCUACUCCGAGGGCUUCAAAAAUGGAGAAAUACUGGGAUGUAAACUGGUAGCAAUCUUCAACCUGGCAAGAGAGUUGUUGACUCCUCAGCAACACUAUGACUGGGGUUUGCGAGCUCUAAAGACAGUGCUGAAGGCCUGCGGCGGUCUCCUGCAGCAACACAGAAGGAAUCGCAACAAAGAAAAGAUUGAAGAGAGUAGUCUGGUAGUGCAGGCCUUAAGACUGAACACAAUGUCCAAGCUGACCUUUGCCGAUUGCUCUCGGUUUGAUGCUCUGGUGAGAGAUGUCUUCUCUGGGGUUGAUUUCACUGACGUGGAGGACCAGAUACUAACACAUGCACUGGAACAAGUUUAUAAGGAGGCACAGCUUGAACUUAUACCCAGCCAGCUAAAGAAGGCAUUGGAGCUAAAUGAACAGCUAAGACAACGUAUGGGCGUAGUUGUUGUCGGGCCAAGCGGAGCAGGCAAGUCCACACUGUGGAGGAUGCUCAGGGCGGCUCUCGGCAAGACAGGAAAAGUGGUGAAGCAGUACACAAUGAAUCCUAAGGCCAUGCCCAGACAACAGUUGUUGGGACAUAUAGACAUGGACACCAGAGAGUGGUCUGAUGGCGUCCUCACCCACAGUGCCAGGAACGUGGUCAAAGAAUCUCAGGAGGUGAACUCUUGGAUCGUAUGUGAUGGCGACAUUGAUCCUGAGUGGAUUGAGAGUCUGAAUUCUGUCCUUGAUGAUAAUCGACUGUUAACCAUGCCCAGUGGCGAACGCAUCCAGUUUGGACCUAAUGUUAACUUCCUGUUUGAGACUCAUGACCUCAGCUGUGCCUCACCAGCUACCAUAUCCCGCAUGGGCAUGAUCUUUCUCAGUGAUGAGGACAUUGAUGUGGGUGCCUUGGUGAAGUCGUGGUUAAAGGGUCAGCCAGAAGAGUGUCACAAUAAUCUUGAAAACUGGCUGGGCGAUUACUUCCAAAGAUCUCUGGACUGGGUCCUCAAGCAGAAUGACUUUGUGGUGGAAACUAGUUUAGUGGGCACAGUGUUCAAUUGCCUGUCUCACCUCAAUGCUGUGAAGGAGAGGGGCCAGUUCAUCGUUGGUCUACUGAGAGGUAUGGGAGGAAACCUCAACCUCAAAACACGACAGGAGUUUGCCAAAGAGUUGCUGAGCUGGGCCAGGGAAAGCCCACCAGACCCCAGAAAACCAUUGGAUACUUACUAUAACACUGACAGUGGUCAUCUAGCAAGUUACAUGUUCCAGCGUCCUGAGGGUCUCACGCUGGAGCAGUUCUCUCAUACACACAUGCUACCUGUGAUUGAGACUCCAGGCAUGCAGAGAGGUCUGCAGGGUUUCUCUCCUUGGCUCACCACACAGCACAGGCAGCCCUUCAUGGUCGUAGGGCCAGAGGGUUGUGGAAAGGGCAUGCUCCUGCGCUACGCCUUCUCUCGGCUGCGUUCCACCCAAGUUGCUGUGGUUCACUGCAGCGCCCAGACAUCAUCACGCCACGUCCUACAGAAACUGAGCCAGACGUGCCUGUUGCUCAGCUCUAACACUGGUCGAGUUUUCAGACCCAAGGACUGCGAGAACUUGGUCCUUUAUUUAAAAGACAUCAACCUACCCAAACCGGACAAGUGGGGGACCAGCAACCUCACUGCCUUCCUCCAGCAGGUGUUGACCUAUAAGGGGUUCUAUGAUGAAAAUCUGGAGUGGGUCAGUCUUGAGAACAUACAAGUGGUGGCUUCCAUGUCCACAGGGGGUGCUGUUGGGACACAUUCACUCACAACCCGCUUCUCUUCUAUAGUACGCAUCUGCACAAUAGAUUAUCCAGACAGGGAGCAGCUGCAGACUAUCUACUCAGCUUACCUGCAGCCAGUUCUCCAGCACAGCCUGGGCAGCCAGGCAGCCUGGGCCAGCACAGGGAAAACACACCAGCUGGCUGGGUCUCUUGUGCAGCUCUAUGAACAGGUAAAAGCCAAGUUCACAGUGGAUGACCACAGCCAUUAUGUGUUUACACCUUGUAUUCUCACAGAAUGGGUUCUCAGCCUGCUGCGGUAUGACCUCACUGCAGCUCAAUCUAAUGUGACAGACAGUGUGUUGGAGGUGGUAGCAUACGAGGCCAGGAGGCUCUUCAGAGACCGACUAGUUUCCUCCAAAGACCUUCACACCUUUGAUAACAUCCUCUCCUCCAUCAUACGAGGGGACUGGAGCUCUGAUGCUCUAGAUAACAUGACUGAUGGUUUCUAUGUGACAUGGGGAGCGUCUGAGGGGGCUGUGAUCACUCCUGGCCAGUCUCUGCCUCCUCAUGGCAAACAACUGGGACGCCUGGACUCUACUGAUUUAAAACAAGUUAUACAGAAGGGAGUCGUGCUGUACAGUCGAGAUAACAGGGAGCUGGAUCUUCUCCUGUUCUGGGAAGUGUGCGACUUUGUGUCCAGGGUAGAUCGGGUCCUAAGCAGACCUGGUGGGUCUCUGCUUUUGGCAGGGCGCAGCGGAGUGGGUCGGCACACAGCCACGUGCCUAGUGUCACACAUGCACGGAUACACGUUGUUUACUCCAAAAAUCUCCCGUGGUUACACCCUGAAACAUUUCAACAGUGAUCUCAAGACGGUGAUGCAGCUGGCAGGUCUGGAGGGCCAACAGGUGGUUUUACUAUUAGAGGACUAUCAGUUUGUCCACCCAGCUUUCUUAGAGAUGGUGAACAGCCUGCUGUCAUCAGGUGAAGUCCCAGGUCUAUAUACCCCUGAGGAACUGGAGCCACUCCUCUCGUCACUGAAAGAUGGUGCUUCCCAGGAUGGAUUCACCGGACCUCUCUACAACUAUUUCUCUCACAGAAUCCAGCAGAACCUCCACAUUGUUCUGAUCAUGGACUCCUCCAACUCUAACUUCACCAUCAACUGUGAGAGCAACCCAGCUUUUUACCGCAAGUGCUCUGUCCAGUGGAUGGAAGGAUGGUCUGAAAGCAGCAUGAAAAAGAUACCUGAGCUGUUGUUGGCAAAAACUGAGCAGGGAGGGGAGGAGACCGAAAGAGAAAAGGGCAGCAAGAGGAAAAGCUCAGGAGGGUCUGGGCAGGGGGAUCUGUGCCGAUUGUUCUUGAUGGUCCAUGAGUCAUGCCGCGAACACGGUGCAACACCGAGCAAGUACAUGGCCUUUCUGCAUGUUUACACCGCAUUAUACAGUCAGAAGCAAAAGCAGCUUACUACAAGACAGCAGCAUCUGCAGGCAGGCGUUUCUAAGCUGAAUGAAGCUAAAACAUUGGUUGAUGAACUAAAGAGGCGGGCUGCAGAGCAGAGCGAACUGCUGAGGACUAAACAACAGGAGGCAGAUUCUGCCCUGCAGGAAAUCACAACCUCCAUGCAGAAUGCCAGUGACCAGAAGGCAGAGAUGGAAAAAUUGAAAGGGAAAAUGGCUCAAGAAGUGUCCAAAAUUGAAGAGAGAAAAGCCAAAAUCGACGACGAGCUGAAAGAAGUACAGCCUUUGGUAGAUGAAGCAAAGCGUGCAGUUGGAAACAUCAAGCCUGAAGCGCUGUCUGAGAUCCGCUCCCUCCGCAUGCCUCCCGAUGUCAUCAGAGACAUCCUGGAGGGGGUACUGAGGCUGAUGGGCAUCUUUGACACCUCCUGGGUCAGCAUGAAGAGCUUUCUAGCUAAACGUGGUGUGAGGGAGGACAUAGCUACAUUUGAAGCCAGGAAUAUCACUCCUGAGAUUCGCCAGAGUGUGGAAGAGCUACUCAACAGGAACAGGGCUUCUUUCGACCCUAAGAAUGCAAAGCGUGCAAGUGCAGCAGCUGCUCCUCUGGCUGCCUGGGUCAAAGCCAAUGUCCAAUACUCCCGCGUCCUAGAGAGGAUAGAACCACUGGAAAGAGAACAGGCUGGACUUUUGGAAAACCUGAGGAAGACUGAGAGUAGGAAGAAUAAACUAGAAGACCAGCUCAGCACUGUUGGAGCCAAAGUCAAUGAGUUGAAAGAGAAGUUUCAGUGUCACACUGCAGAGGCAGCUAAGUUGGAGGCCGAUGUGUCAAAAGCUCAGGACACGAUCACUGCUGCCCAGCAGCUUAUAUCACAACUGGACGGAGAACACACACGCUGGAAUGCACAGAUGUCCGAGAUAAAGAAUGAGUUGGAUACGCUCCCUGUUAGAGCCUUGCUUGCGGCAGCCUUCAUCACCUACCUGUCUGCAGCUUCGGAAGACCGUAGACGACAGUGUCUGGACUCGUGGAUGGCUCACUCUGGACUACAGAAGUUUGACUUGCGAUCAUUCCUGUGCUCGGAGAGUGAACAGUUGAUCUGGAAGAGUCAAGGGCUGCCAUCAGAUGAUCUCUCAAUGGAGAACGCACUGGUUAUACUGCAGAUCAAUGCACUCAAGUUGAAGAGUGUUGCGUGUCCAUUCCUGAUCGACCCAUCAUCCCGAGCUACAGAGUGGCUAUGUACACAUCUCAAACAGCACAGAUUAGAGGUUAUCAACCAGCAGGAUAAUAACUUCAUGACAUCCCUAGAGCUGGCAGUCAGAUUUGGAAAAACCCUUAUCAUCCAAGAGAUGGAUGGAGUUGAACCUGUGCUCUAUCCGCUGCUGAGGAGAGACCUAAUAGCACAGGGUCCUAGAUAUGUGGUCCAGAUAGGAGACAAGGUUAUUGAUUACAAUGAGGACUUCCGUCUCUUCCUGGCAACACGGAAUCCCAGUCCCUUCAUCCCUCCUGAUGCCGUCUCAGUGGUUACUGAGGUCAACUUCACAACAACUAGGGCAGGCUUGCGGGGACAGUUGCUAGCCUUGACCAUCCAGCAAGAAAAGCCAGAGCUGGAGACUGAGAAAACAAGGCUACUACAACAAGAGGAAGACAAGAAGAUACAGCUGGCUCAGCUGGAAGAAUCAUUAUUGGAGACCUUGGCUACAGCUCAGGGGAAUAUUCUGGAGAACAGGGAGCUAAUAGACAGCCUAAACCAGACCAAAGCAAGCAGCGCCCUAAUCCAGGAGUCACUACUGGAAUCACAUAGGCUGCAGGCUUCCUUGGACCAGGAACGGGAUGCCUACCUGCCUCUUGCAGAGAGUGCUAGCAAGAUGUAUUUUGUUAUCACAGACCUGUCAAAGAUCAACAACAUGUACCGCUUCAGCCUCGCCUCUUUUCUGCGCCUCUUCCAAAGAGCUCUUCAGGCCAAGAAGGAAGAAGAGAAUACUGAUGCCAGGAUUGCGGCAUUAGGAGCCAACUUGAAGAAUAUGGUUUAUGAGUAUGUCUGUCGGUCUCUUUUCAAGGCUGACCAGUUGAUGUUUGCUAUACACUUUGUGAAAGGCAUGUACCCCGAACUCUUCCUCGAGAACGAAUGGGAUGUCUUUACUGGGUUCAUCGUAGGAGAAAUGUUUAAGAAAGAGGAGUUCCCUUCUUGGAUUGAUCAGGAGAGGCACGGAGCAGUGGCCAUUUUAAAAGCUACGUUCCCGGCUCUCUACCAGACCCUCUGUUUAAGUGACUCAGAUCUUUGGCUGUCCUUCUUGCAGAGCUCGCACUGUGAACAAGAAAUCCCAUCUUCCAUUGCCAAGAAGAUUACUCCCUUCCAACAGCUGUUAUUGGUUCAGGCUGUCAGACCAGACCGGCUGCAGAGUGCCAUGACUUGUUUUGCAUCUCAAACCCUAGCUAUGAAAGAGCUCUCACCCCCUCCUCUGAAUCUGCGGCGUCUCUACACCGAGACAAUGGAAUGGGAGCCAGUGUUGAUCAUCAUCUCUCCAGGGGCAGACCCUUCCCAGGAGCUCGCAGAACUAGCAGCCGAAACUGUUGGCAGGGACAAUUAUCAUGAGAUCUCCAUGGGUCAGGGGCAGGCUGAUGUAGCCUUAGCUACACUCAGAGAAUGCUCCCGAAAUGGAGACUGGCUUUGCCUGAAAAACCUUCACCUUGUCACCGCAUGGCUUCCCCUCCUGGAAAAAGAGCUAAAUGUGCUACGGCCCAAAGCAGGCUUCCGUCUUUGGCUGACAGCAGAAGUUCACCCCAGAUUUCCCCCCAUUCUGCUGCAGUCCAGCCUUAAGAUCACUUAUGAGGAUCCUCCUGGAUUAAAGAAGAAUUUGCUGAGGACAUAUGAGUCCUGGACUCCAGAGCAGAUCAGUAAAGGAGGUAUUCUGGCCAGAGCCCAGUCUCUUUUCUGUCUGGGUUGGUUCCAUGCCGUCUGUCAAGAGAGACGAAACUACAUCCCACAGGGCUGGACAAAGUUCUAUGAGUUUUCCUUGUCAGACCUUCGUGCUGGCUUUGAGAUUAUCGACAGGCUUUUUGAAGGUGGUAAACAAUUUCAGUGGGAGUUUGUCCAUGGUCUGUUGGAGAAUGCUAUCUAUGGGGGACGUAUUGACAACCCGUCUGACCUCCGCAUCUUGCGCUCCUACCUUGAGCAGUUCUUUUCCACACAUCUCCUUUCAUCCUCCCACUCUGCUGGACAGAGAAAAAGCAGAGGAGUAUUCUUUCCACCUCAGAUAAGCCUCCCAAACUCUUGUGCCAUAUUGGACUACCGCAGAGUAAUAGAGAAUCUCCCAGAGGAUGACAGGCCAGCAUUCUUUGGUCUGCCUGCCAACAUAGCGAGAUCCUCCCAGAGAAUCGUCAGCUCCCAGGUAAUUUCUCAACUGCGCAUCCUGAGUCGCUCAGUUGCAACAGGUUCAAAGUUUGACAGGGAGCUCUGGUCAAAUGGACUGUCACCUAUCCUGAACUUAUGGAAGAAACUCAACCAGGGCUCUACACUAAUCCACCAGAAGGUGGACCCACCUACAGAGAGUCAGAAAUCACCAGUCCUUUCAUUCAUUUCUCUGGAACAGUUCAAUGCCAUCCGCUUGGUCCAGAGUAUACACCAGUCCCUGGCCGCACUGAGCAAGGUCAUCCGAGGGACUCAACUAUUAACUCCAGAAGUCCAGAAACUGGCCACUGCCCUACUAAAUCAAGAGUGUCCUUUAACAUGGCAGAAUAAAUGGGAGGGACCAGAGGAGCCAAUGCAGUACCUCAGAGCAGUAGUAACACGGGCCCUCGCCAUACAGAGUUGGGUGGAACGUGCAAAUAGACAGGCACUCCUGUCAGACAUCCUAGAUCUAUCUGAGCUAUUUCACCCUGAUACCUUUCUUAAUGCUUUGAGACAGGAAACUGCCAGGACCAUGUCCUGUUCUAUGGAUAGUUUGGUGUUUGUUUCGUCAUGGAGGAGUUCAAUUGCACAAGCAAAACUACAAGUAAAGAUUGGAGGUCUCCAGUUGGAGGGUUGCAGUUUUGAUGGUGUCCAUCUUUGUGAGAACCAGCAUGAUUCUCCCAGCGUGUCAGCUGUCCCUACGUGCUACAUGGCCUGGGUUCCACAGAACUCUGUUGCUGCCUGCACUGCAGCAGAGGAGAGUAUCUGUCUGCCUCUCUAUACCAGCUCUGAGAGGGUGAAGGUGGUCACGCACAUCUCUCUGCCCUGUGGAGCGAACCCCAACCAGUGGAUACAGUGUGGAGCUGCUCUUUUUCUCAAACAGCAGUAAGAGGACGGGAUCUGGUUGUGGCGAGAAUCACAGAGAGAAAAAGGAUUUUCUGUGCUCAGUAUCUGACCAGGGCAACAAAUAAACCAGAUGGAUUGUUAGCACUCUGAUAUGUCAGGGUAAUUUUUCAGUGACGCGCAUUAGCUCAUAGACCAAACCUUUUAAAACACAUUUGCUUUAUAUCAUAUCAUUUGUAUAACAGAGUACAAGGGAAAGGACCAGAGUGAAGGAAAACAGGACCAAAGAAUAACUGAUGCUUUCUCGGGUUGUGCUACGACACUAAAACUGAAUAAAAAGCUAAAAGACAAACAGCGGUGAUACUGUUAAUAAACUAUACAUGCAUUAUUAUUUGGAUCCCAAGAAACACUACUACACUAAAACUGUCAGUAAGUCUUGCUACUUCCAGUCUCACAAGAAAAUUGUGUUUAUUACAUAUUAAAAAAUGUUUUUUGCAUAGGCAUUGUAUUCCCUGCUGUACUUUUGGACGUAUUUAUUCAAAAUAAAGGUAAAAUAAAAACCAUCUUUCCUGCCUUCAAUAGAAUAACAUUGCUAAAGUACUAAAAGAGAUGUGUGUGUUUGUGCGUGGUGUUUCAGAAUGGCGCUGACCCUCCAUCACAUACUAUUAGUAGUCAGAACUGUUUGACAGUGAACUGUACAGAUCUCAGUUCACUGUGUUCUGCCUCUCCCACAGCUCUGCUGAAAGGGGCUUUACAGACAUGAUGCACUUCAGUGUCAGUUCUCUUUCUGUAACGCAAAUACACACACAUGCACAAGUUAGUCCCUAACCUCUGUGUGAUUGGUUCUGAGUUGAGGUUGAACGGAGUCAGUGAAGCUGUGAUGGAUGGACGCUGAGCUGCAAGUGUGGGCGUGCGAUUUGGAAGGUGUGUAUGGGCGCUUGUGUAUGAAUCCAAUCAUAAGCAUCAAGCUUGAUUGAUGGCUUAAUUAAGAUUCCCCCCUCCCCCACUCACUUUUUCAAUUUUUCUCAUGCCUUUGCGCAAAUGUCUGUUAAUGUCAGUGUAUGAAAGUGUGAUCACAUCUGUGUAUGUGUGUGAGGAGACGGAGAGGAGAGUUGAAAUUAGGGAGGAGCGGGUAUUGUGUGUGCACUGCAGUGUGACAAAAUGGGAGUGAAAUGGAACAGCAGGUUUAAAAAAGAGAGAGGAUUGGAUUUCAGCGAAACAUGGCCCUCUGGGUCAGAGAGGGAGAGCGAGCGAGCGAGAGACAGACAGAAGGAUGGAGGCAGAGGAGGAGAGAGGGAGGUGAUGAUGCAGGGACGGGAAAGAGCGAGAAAAGGGCCGUAAAACUUGGGCGAGAAAAUUGAAGAGAAACAGGAAAAUGAGUGUCGCAAAGGUGACAGGGUUUGGGAGGACAGGUUAAAGGGAAAGAUGGAUGGAGGGAGUGAGGACAAGUAGUGAGUGAGUUAUGGGGAAUCAACUGGGGAGGGAGAAAGUGAAACACAGGGAGCUUAUAGAAAGGUUUAUACCUGCUACGGUACUGGAAACACUGCCAGUUUGUCCUGUAUUUCCUUAACAGCAUAAAGAUCUUUAAUGUUUUCAUUAGAUUGCACUGUAACAAGUCAAAAUGGGAAUCUAAAGGCUGAUUAUUUUCUCUCUGCUCAAAAAUGAGACAUUGUUGAAAUUGGAUUCAAAACAGUGAGCGCUGUUUCGCAACUCUUCCUCGCGUUUUGAUGACUUCUAAUCCUGUAGGCAGCGGUGGAAAAUUAACAUCAGCAUUGCAGCAGAGGGGGGAGAAAAAAAAGGCUUUUGCCAAGGGCUUGUUUCCAAGGUAAUGUGUUUACAGAGUUUUGUCUUUAUCUCAAAUUAGCAUUCCAGGUUUGAGAAACGAUUGUGAUAAAACUCCUGCUGCGACGGUGUUCAGCAGCUGCCUUUGCAGGUUGUUUGUUUGGAGUUCUGAUCACAAACCCACACGACAUGAGUAAUCCGGUGAAACGUCAGAGCAAUGAUGUAAACGCGGCACGCUGCAGAUUCCUGCGAUAGACAGAUUUCUGAUUUACCUCAGCAAAGCAUUGUAAUCCAUUUUUAAACCGCCACGUUUAGUGUGCGCAUAGCAUUCAAAAAACUCCCACUUUUCAAUAAUAAUAAAAAAAUCUUGGCCUUUUCUUUGCCUUUGUCUUGACCCGCCCUCCAUUCUUCCCGAGCUUCCUCCAUGACGUCCACAAGUGUUUGGGGAUUUUCUGUGUUGUUUAAGCAACAAUACAAUAAUGCUUAUGUAAACCGUGCAUAUGUGAGACACAAACAUUUUGUUUUCUGUCUGAUAAUGUCUCUAACACUUGUGGGGGGCUUUUUCGUCCAAAUAAACAUGAGGAAAUAAACAGGAAUGAACAGGACCUUGUCAUUUGUUUUCCUAUACUGUAAAAUAUACAAUCAGGCCUCCUCAGAUUGGAGUCAGGUUUGGUCUACGUUUAGUCUUCCUUUCACGGCGUGUCGAAUGGUAUUUUAACUUUUGGCAUUCAGCAUGCUAACCAGGCCAACAUGUGUUGGCUCGCCAUAAAACAAGGCUGAUAAAAUAUCUGCUUCCCAGAUUUUAAAAUGUUAGAGACACUCCCAUAUUGGGCACUUGCCAUAUUUUAAUAAGCAGUACAGGACUGGAACCUUCAUGGGCUUCACAAUUUGAUUCAGAAGUCUCACUGCGCUGUUUUCCCAGUAAACAACAACAGAAACGCUUCAGUGUGUCCAAACUCAACAGAGAGUUUUCUUCAGGGGUGGGAAGUGAGAGGAAGAAGCCAACACAGUCAAGCAGGAUGGAAACAUGCAGAAAAUACACUGCAGGAGAGCAAAAUGGAGGAGGUGUAGAGAGAGAUGCGAACACUACUGGCAAGGAGGCAAGAGAGGAAAAGUGGGAUCUACCUGGCAGUGAGCAAGUUCGAUUGACCCAAAGGCAACAGCAGCUGAAAAAUAUUGUACCAAGACAUGUCUGCUUAAUGCACGCUCUGCAGCUGUACAUAUAGUGUCUGUUUAUCUUUAAGCAAUAUUAAAGUUCCUGGUGAUAUGAAAAGACCACUUAAUACUGUCAUAUUUAAUGCUUUGUACUAUUUUAUCAUAGUGUCAGAUCCACUGGUUUCAGACUGGGUCUGCCACACCCCUCAUCACAAAUACUGCCAGUUGUUACCUGUUAAUUGUCCGUUAUCUGUUCAAUUCCAGUGUUAGUGACUGAGGAGCCAAAGAUAGUGGUUUUUGAUUGAUUAUGUAGGAUAUUGAGUUUUUGUUAUUAAAUAGUGUGUCAGGUUGUAUUUUAUUAUUUUGGCCCUGGAGAGCUCGACACUUCCUUUUUUAUCCCUCAGCAUAAACAUGCCGACUGGGGUGUUGUCACCAUGCCGGCGGGCGGGCAGACGGGGUGGACAGUCAAGUUUGUGGAAGUGGUAACUCGAGAACGAGGCGAUUAGGAUUUUGAAAUUGAUACCAUGGAUUCAUCUGCUAAACAUCUUGGACCAGUUAGAAUCUCAGUGACCUCGACCUCAAGGUGAAGGUCAAAGGUCAAGUUUUCUUGAGCAUCUGUUGGGUGUUCAGACCUGCCCUUCUGCAGACCUCUAAAAGUUAUCAAACCUAUCUGACAUUAACUGGCCAAGAAACAGCUUGUACAUCCAUUGUCCCAUUCAUUUUGAACUUCUAAAAAAGGGGGACUGUAGAUUCAAAUGUCUGUAAUUCUUCAACAAUUCAUGCAAAAAAAAAAACCCCAAAAAAACCCAGAGCAAACAAACUUCUAAAACCCUUUGAAUUAAAGCGGAAAGUCUGCACUUUAGUCUGCCCCAUAUUGAUUGUUUGAUUUACAAUCCACUAUGGUGGUGUUACAGAGGCUAAACUACAAAGGUUGUGUCUUUGUCCCACACAUUAUGAAGAGCACUACUUACCUCAUGCUAGCUUCCUCUCGUAAUGGGCCUUUCCUUGCCACAGCGCUGCCAUCCAAGAUGAGAGUACAAGAUAUAAUGAGACAAUGUAUUAGUGGUCAGCUGCUGCUUUAGCCAAGAUGAUCAUUUCAUUCCUCUCCUAAUAACAACAUAGGAUCCCCAGAGCCCAUUAAAAUAAUUGCAAGGGACCCACUGCGAAAAGGUUUAAGGCCUAAGUGAUCUUAAAUAUAUCUUAUAUAUCCUAUAUAUAUAUAUGUGUAAAAGAAGCUCUGGCCUCGCACCUUGAGAACAAAUACAGUGUAAUCAUAGGAGGGAAAAAAAGUUCAGUAUUGUAGCUAAUGUAAUUUCCUUUGAUAAUGUGCAGAGCCAUUUGAUUUCUGGAGCGACUGCACAGAACAUGAAACAAACGUUUUCAAAGAGACAUUUUCCUUUUUACAUUUGUUUUUUAUGUGCAUAAAAUAGUAAUGAAAAUUGUUCACUGUUCAGUUUUCUAUAUACAUUUUGAGUGGUGACCGCAGGCUGAUGGUUUUCAUGAUUACAUGCUGAUGAAGGGCACGAGAUGCAGUUUUAACUACUGCCAGAUAUCCCUGUCCCUGUCUGAAGUCCUUUAAAAUCAGUCUGUUGGCCUGUGCACGAUAUUACAUUUAAAAUAUCUAUAGAAAAACAUGUUUUCCUCUCAUGUGAGUGUCACAUAUGUAAAACUGUGCCUGUGUACAAACCUCUGGGAACCAGUAUGAGACAGCCUAGUACAGAAAAGUUGACGGCAGCAGUUUUUUACAGUGAAAGCCUUCAGGAUGUGACAUGAAGCGAUCUUGUUUGUUCAUUGCAAAGAGUGCAGUCUCUCUUCAGUUGCCUCACAACACGUAUUUUGUGUUGUGCUCCAAAUGAUUUCAUCCUUUUUGUUUUGUUCCUGUGCAAACGUGUGAGUGAGAAUGUGGGAGUAUGCAUAUGUUCUCCUCAGUAUACUGUACGAUGGUUUGUGAGUUCAAGUGUGUGCAUGCGUGUGUGUGUUCUAGUGUGUCCUUUCCCUGGAGAGAUAUCCUGCCUCCAGCAUAGUCAGAGGGGCUGACAGAUGACCACAAGGUCACUCAUCUCCUCAAUCUGUGACCCUCUCAGGAGGCACAAACACCCAUAAGAGGGAUUUCAUUCCCCUUUUUUUCCUCUUUUUGCUUUGAAUCGCUUCUAUUCCUCGCUCCUCUCCUCUUCUGCUGCCUUCAGUCUCAACUUUACUUUGUUCUCUUGUCAUUUGCACUUAUCUUUUCCUCCUUCACACCUCUUAUUCUCCCCUCUGCGGUAUCACCUUUUCCCUUUUUUUUUGCCUCACCUUCUGAGUUUUUUUUCUUUACAAUUUCUAAUUUUGCACUCCCUUCUUACCUUGUUGCCCCUUUCUCACUCGAAUUAAUGACCUCUGUGCAAACUAUUGAGAUUAUUGUAUUAACUAGGUUCCUUUGAAGACCUCAUGCAAUCUCUGAUACAAUAUUUGAGACCUACUGUGUGGUUGAACUGGCUCAGAUCAAAAGAUUUCUUUUUUUUUUAGGUCAUGUUUUGUAUGAGACUUUGUUACCUGUGCCAGGGAGAUGGGGUUAAAAUUUAGUGUUUUAAACUAGCUUGAAAAAAUGAGAUAUUUUAAAGUAAAGUAUGUGAGUAUGAGUUUGUGUAACUGUAAAUCAUAAAUGAACUACUGUCCUCUGAUGUUUUAUGUGAGAUCUUGCCAAAACUAAAAGCCAGCUCAUGCAAAAAUACUGACAGCUGUGGACUUGAACUCAGACCAGUCAGGUUGCUAAUUUUUAUACAUAUGAAGUGCACAUAUAUGCAUGUAUGCUAGAAAAAAUAACAUGAGGAAAAAUUGCUUUCUCAGUUGUACAGUUUGUGCAUUGCAGACAAUCCACAUGAUCAAAGGUUUUGAGCUACAUGCACAAGUCCACAGAGGGGACGGGAACCAAGAAGCGACCUGCAAUCACUCUGUGGUUCGUAUUAAUAAUGUGAGCAGCAUAGAUUAUUGAUUAACUCUUCAGGAAGGAAAUCAUCAUUUUGAGUCUGCUCUGUCAUAAAAUGUACAUAGAAAAUACUCAAUACUUGUGAAAAAAUAAAAAGAAUGACAUGAAAAACAUUUACUCUGCUCUCGGCUUCAGUGUAAACAAUGUGAUGUCUCACACUGACUGCAGUUUGGACCCAUGAACGAUUUCUGCCCUCUGUUAAUACUGGGGAAAUUUCAGACGCCCACUGCUUUGGUUCGUUUUACUCUCUGUGAAUAACUCAAGGGAUUUAAACUUAAAUGAUUUGAUUUGGGGAAGUAUCGCUGUGUGAUCAGUAAGCAGCACUGUGGACUGCAUCCUGAUUUCUAGGCAGCACAGAAAACUUUCAGAAACUCUGGCAGUGGUAGCUCAGCCCUCACCCAACCUCACCCCAAGGUGUCUAUGGCACAUUUUAACUCUGAUGCACUCUGAUGCAUCCAUUCACUCAAUUUUUCCCUACUAAUUCAAUUGAGGGUCACCAAUUAAGGGGCUGGAGCCUAUCCCAGAGGUCCUGGGGUGUGGGGUGGGGUGUAGUCAGUCUGCAGCAGGGUCAGCACAGAGACAGCACAGUUUUUUGAGCAGAGGUUGUUUCUUUUUCUAAUGGAAUUUGUUCUGAAUCACAAUUGUUUUUAUGUUAUUUAAGGUUUUCUUAUUUAGUUUUGCUCCAUUUUGUGUACAAUGCUUUUUGACCACUUUUUGUAAAAGGUACUUUAAAAAUAAACCUUACUUUCUUACUUACCUAGCCACUGUGGUGAGAAUCCAGAUUACACACAGGUGCAGGCAGAACAUGCAAACUCCACACGGGAGGGUCCAAGGAUUCAAACACAAAACCUUUUGGUUAGCAACACUGGUAACAACCACACCACUGUGCAGUAUAUUACUGUGAUCCAAACAAUUUAAAAUAAGGAUACUUCGAGGGGCGUUCUGCUCCAGAAAUAUUUUUUUUUCUAUGAGGUAUUGGCUCUAUUUGACAGUCCUUUAAAAG